UCACGUUUCUUCAACACCUUCAGUCACCCCAUUCACACCACAAUCUUUCAACCUUCACUUUCUGCUGUGAUUCUUCUUCUGCUCUGCAGGAGAUCGAUUUCGAGAGCUCUCUCGCAUCGCAUGGCUGUCGGAGAGUCCGAGCCCUAGCCGUGGUCGGAGCAGGAAAGUUACCCAUGGCUCCUUCAAGAAAAUCUAGGAGCAUUAAUAGACGGAUUCCUUUUGCAAAUGAGGUUCCCUGGGAAAAAGCUGAAGGAGAUGCAAAUAAAAAUUGCCAGCGGAAGAGGAAAUUGUCUGAUAUGUUAGGUCCUGAAUGGAGCAAGGAAGAGCUUGAGGGCUUCUAUGAAGCAUACCGCAAGUAUGGGAAAGAUUGGAAGAAGGUUGCUGCUGCAAUACGUUACAGAUCUGCGGAAAUGGUUGAGGCCCUUUUCAGUAUGAAUAGGGCCUACUUGUCCCUUCCUGAAGGCACCGCUUCUGUUGUGGGACUAGUAGCAAUGAUGACCGACCAUUAUGCUAUGAUGGGUAGAAGUGAUAAUGAACAAGACAGCAGUGACGGAGAAGGUGCAUCUAGAAAACCUCAGAAGUGUACUCGUGCAAAGUUACUGCAGAAUAAUUCUAAAAAGAUUGACAGAAACCUUCCAGAUCUUCAAAAGUUGAAUUCAGAUGUUCCCAGUGAUGGUUGCCUAUCUUUGUUGAAGAAGAGGCGCUCUGGAAGUGAGACUCCAGUUGUUGGAAGGAGGACUCCCCGUAUCCCUGUUUCAUAUUCUCACGAUAGAGAUUUUGGAGCGAGGCUCUGUUCACCAAAUAAGCAAGCUUUUAAACAAAAGAUUAACGCUAAUGAUGAUUAUGAUGUCGCUCAUGAAGUAGCAGUAGCCCUGACUGAAGCCUCACAAAGAGGUGGGUCACCCAAUCUUUCUCAAACUCCAAAGGGAAAAUCAGCAAAAGCUAAGGCAUCACCCAUCAGGAAUGGUAAUGGAAUGCAUGCUGGAUCACAAUCAAGCAGUGCUAAGCCUCAUGAUAGUGAGUUUGAGGGUGGCUGUGAGUUAAGUCUGGGGAGCUCAGAGGGCACUGGUAUUGUAGUUCUAAAUAAAGGAAAGAAACAGCCAAAAAAGAUGUUAGAAGUUAAGGAAAGUGCCCACUAUGAUGACAUAAAGGAAGCUUGUAGCGGAACAGAGGAAGGGGAGCGGGGCAAUGUUUUCAAGAAGAAACUUGAAAAUAGAGUUUCCAGAACAAAAAAUGCAAGGUCUCCUUCUAAGGGUUUGAGAAAGAAGAGUAAAAAAAUUCUGUUUGGAGAAGAUAGAGACUCAACCUUUGAUGCCCUACAAACUUUGGCAGACCUAUCAUUGAUGAUGCCAGCAUCAACUGUUGACUCUAAUUUACCUGUGCAAAUCAAGGAAGAGAGAGAGAAAACUGAUACAGUCGAGCAGUCUAAACGGAAGGGAAAUCUCUCAGUUCCUACAGAGUUCAAUUGUCCAGGGACAUCUGAAACAAUUAAAGCAAUUGGCUGUGAAACUAAUGCUGUCGAUGAACUGAAAGAGGAAGUCCAUUCUAAUGCUGGAAUCCCAAAGAGGAAACAGAGGUCCUCUCCAUUCAGAAUUCCCAAAGCUAAUGCAUCUUUGGAUUCUCGUAGGACAGAUUCACAGAAGAUUGAGGCUUCUAAAACAAAAGGAGAGAGCUCUUCUCAACACACUUCACAAAGUAGGCAACAGAAGAUGAAGAAAACUCCAGAAUGUACUACAUCAAGUACUGAUCUUAAAAUGGAUUCAAAUGAGGUUCACUCUACAAGCGUCAUGAACUUCAACAAGGUUAAGAGGAGGUCCAAUCCAGGUCUAAAAAAGAACAGUCAACGUGAUAACAAGUUUCUGGAGAAUUUUAAACGGGAUCAGCUAAAAAUAUCAACUCAUUGGUUCCAUGACACAGAAGUAAAUCCUAAGGAAAAGCUUCACCAUUUCUUAUCCAAAUACCAAGCAAGGAGAUGGUGCAUCUUCGAGUGGUUCUAUAGUGCCAUUGAUUACCCAUGGUUUGCUAGGAGGGAGUUUGCUGAGUACUUGGAUCAUGUUGGGCUGGGCCAUGUUCCAUGUUUAACUCGUGUGGAGUGGGGAGUGAUCAGAAGUUCUCUUGGCAAACCUCGGAGGUUUUCAAAGCACUUCUUGGAAGAAGAAAGGGAGAAGCUCGUUCAGCAUCGGAAAACUGUCAGGAAGCAUCAUACUUCAUUUCGUUCUGGAACUUUGGAGGUGCUUCCAAGCGAUUUACCCCAACCAUUAUUUACAGGACAACGUGUUAUUGUCAUUCACCCGAAAAGCAGAGAGAUUCACGGAGGCUAUGUAUUAACAGUGGAACAUAGCAGUUGUCUCAUUCAAUUUGAACAGCUGGAACUAGGGAUUCACUGGGUGAAGGAUAUUGAUUGCAUGCCUUUAACUCUGUUGGAAAAUAUUCCUGAAUCUCCUGCUAGAUCCAUUCAUACUUCCAAGAAAUUGAAUGAGAACAGCAGUGGCCCUUGUUUAAGUGCACAAAUGAAAAAUUUGAUGAUGGACCAGUCUUUGGAAUUACCAACAACCAAGAGGCAGGAUGAAAUGAAUGGUUUAUCCCAUUCAACAACAUCAACUGUUGAAAUCAUCAAGACAUCAAAGCUACCAGAGGGUGGUUCAUCUGACUGCAAUUUACAGGUCACAUUAGGGCUUUCUCAUAGUGAAAAUGCUACCCUGUUGCAAGCAAGUAAUUCUCAGGCUUCUGAUAGCGAACAAAUUCAAGCAAGGGAAGCUGAUAUUCUAGCUCUGUCUGAACUUACACGUGCUCUUGACAAAAAGGAAGCUGUCCUCUUGGAACUCAGACGAAUGAACGAUGAGGUGUCUGAAUACCAGAAAGAUGGGGUAGAUUGUCUAAAGGAUUCGGAACCUUUUACGAAGACUUAUGCUGCCACGCUUUUACAGUUAAAUGAUCUUAAUCAGCAGGUUUCUUCAGCUUUAUGUUGCUUGAGGCAAAGAAACUCGUAUCAAGAGAAUGUUCACCCAAAACCUGCAACUACAUUGGUUGACCCUUGCAUUCAGCUAAGCUCUAUUGAUUUUUCAUGUAGACGUGGAGAUUUCGGCCCUCGUGUCUCCCACAUAAUCGAAAGCUCUAGAACUAAAGCUCGGGAAAUGGUUGUUGCUGCUUUACAGGCAGCAUCGUCCUUGUUUAAGGAUGCAAAGGGUCUAGAUGGGUUCGAGGAAGCUGUAGAUUUUGUAAACAAUCAGCUUGCAGCCCAGGAUUUUCUCCUGUCCAAUUCAGUUCUCAUUAAUUCGGAAUCACAAGAUCAAAUGGCUGCUUCCCGGUCACCCAAUCCAGGAGCAAGUCAUGGACCCGUGCUUAAGUUGACUGAUUCACUCGAUGAGAAUUCUCGGAAAAUCCCUUCAGAACUCAUAGCCAGUUGUGUUGCAACAUUGCUCAUCAUCCAGAAUUGUACAGAAAGGCAAUUUCCACCGGCCGAGGUCGCCCAGAUAAUAGACUCGGCAGUUAAAAGCUUGAAACCCCUGUGUUCGCAGAACCUUCCGAUCUACACUGAGAUACAGAAAUGCAUGGGGAUGAUAAGGAAUCAAAUUUUGGGACUCAUCCCCACCUCAUGAAAGCUUUAUUAAACCUUUGAGAUUAAUACUCCAAAUUGUUUGUAUAGAUCAUCACUAUCCUCUCAUCAUGUCACUGAUGCUCUGUGAUUAUGUCGCUUUGUUACCUUCCUCGAGCCCUAUUCUUUGUUGGCCCGAUAUCUCGAACAGGGACCAUAAUAUCAUGUCUAAUCCAAUCUCAGAUUAUCAAGGUGAAUGUACAUUGUGUAAAAA